GAUCGCGUCAUUUCCGGGCCUCAGCGAUUCGCCUCCGGGUUAGGCUGAGCCUUCUGCUUUCUGUGACUGGUGGAGCUGCCGCGCCGUUCCGCGUUAUCUCCUCCCGGUGAGAACGAACCGCAGUGUCCACCGGCGAGGAGCCAGCCCUGUCCCGGUCAGAGAAAGACGACGAGGAUACCUGGGAGCGGGCGUCGGCCGGGCUGGGCCGCGCCGGUGCGGGCUGGCGACUCUGCUCCUCCGCUUGCUGCUGUCUCUGGGAACUGGGUGCCAGCGCUGAGGGGCUUCCAGCGGACAGGGACCCCCUUCCCCGGCUCCCCUGCCCAUCCUGCCGGGGAGGGCGGAAGAUGCCGGUGAAGAAGAAGAGAAAAUCCCCUGGGGUGGCAGCCGCAGUAGCGGAAGACGGAGGCCUCAAAAAGUGUAAAAUUUCCAGCUAUUGCAGAUCCCAACCCCCUGCUAGACUAAUAAGUGGAGAGGAACAUUUUUCAAGCAAGAAGUGCCUGGCUUGGUUUUAUGAAUAUGCAGGUCCUGAUGAAGUUGUAGGGCCAGAAGGAAUGGAAAAAUUUUGUGAAGACAUUGGUGUUGAACCUGAAAAUAUUAUUAUGUUAGUUUUAGCGUGGAAAUUGGAGGCUGAAAGCAUGGGAUUUUUUACCAAGGAAGAAUGGUUAAAGGGAAUGACUUCAUUACAGUGUGACUGCACAGAAAAGUUACAAAACAAAUUUGACUUUUUGCGCUCACAGUUGAAUGAUAUUUCAUCAUUUAAGAAUAUCUACAGAUAUGCCUUUGAUUUUGCAAGGGAUAAAGAUCAGAGAAGCCUUGAUAUUGAUACUGCUAAAUCUAUGUUAGCUCUCCUGCUUGGGAGGACAUGGCCACUGUUUUCAGUAUUUUACCAGUACCUGGAGCAAUCGAAGUAUCGUGUUAUGAACAAAGAUCAAUGGUACAAUGUAUUAGAAUUCAGCAGAACAGUCCAUGCUGAUCUUAGUAACUAUGAUGAAGAUGGUGCUUGGCCUGUUCUUCUUGAUGAAUUUGUUGAGUGGCAAAAAGUCCGUCAAACAUCAUAGCAAGAACUAUUGUGAAGAAAAUGCAAACCUUUUGAUUCCCACGUGUAUACAAGCUAAUGUGAUGAGGGGGAAAAAAAUCCAACGGGUGCAUUUUCAUUCAUGUGAAAGACUUCUCAUAGUACUUUUUUUUCCUUUUUUUAAAGGAGGUUUUUCUUGUUACAUGUGAUGGGCAUUGAGCCACACCUCUUCUUAGACUGAAUAUUGAAGUUUUUGUUUUGAGUUAUGUUUAUAACAUUUAUUUCAGAACAAUAAAGAUUCAGAUUUGUGACAAAGGCCUUAAAGUGAA